GAAGGUUAAGUGACAGUAUAAAAGAGCAGCUCAGGUUCACAAGCUCAACCCAGGAGCAAGGAGAUCUUACCUGCAGGUUUCUCAGUCCAUCAUCUGCAACGUCUUCUUCACUAAGAUGCUGACUGUGUCUUUAGUUGUUUGUGCCAUAGUGGCACUGGCUACAGCUGAUGAUCCAGCUGCCAACCACACUGUUGCAACCAUGGCAACGUGUCCAGCCAACUGGAAAGAACACAACCAUCGCUGUUACUACUUUGAGGCCUCCACCAAGAAUUGGGCUGAUGCUGAGACACAAUGCCAGACCAUGGGUGGAAACCUUGUAUCAGUACAUAGUGGUGAUGAGCAUAAAUUCAUUCAGACCCUGACUCAGACAGACGCAUGGAUUGGAGGCUCAGGUUGCCAAGUGGCUGGAGCCUGGUUCUGGAUCGAUGGUACAGCCAUGUCUGAAACUUUCUGGUGUCCACAAAAACCAGACAACACGCUGCCAGAGUGCUGUCUCCAGACAAACAGUCAAGUUGGCAAAUGCUGGGAUGACAUCGCCUGUAAUACAUUGCUGCCAUUCGUGUGUGCAAAGUCUAUGUAGACUCCAGGCUGACCUGUACCCAUACAAGUAGAAGACUGUGGAUGUAUGGAUAGAGGGUUAUACCAAGCUGGAGCUGGGUUCCUGUGACUGACAUGUAACUGAGGCAUGCUGUCAUAUGAUAUGUAAAAAUAAACCUAUUGAGCAGACACAA